AUGGUUCUUCAAAGAGUGCUUCUUGUUACCUGCCUCGUCGUGAGCUUUGUGAAAGGACAAGAGGGUCAGAACAUGACCCCAGAGGAGAAGACUGUCAUCAGGGAUCAGAUUGUGGAAAUGUUCGACCAUGCUUACGGGAAUUACAUGAAAUAUGCUUAUCCAGCUGACGAGUUGAUGCCUCUGAGCUGUAAGGGCAGAGUUCGUGGACAGGAGCCUAACAGAGGUGACAUUGAUGAUUCUUUGGGCAAGUUUUCUCUCACACUAAUUGACACCCUCGAUACACUGGUGGUGCUAAACAAGCUGGAUGAGUUUGAAGAAGCAGUGAAAAAGGCAGUGAGGGAUGUACGCCUUGAUAAUGAUAUUGUCGUGUCAGUGUUCGAGACAAAUAUUAGAGUUUUGGGAGGUCUGCUGGGUGCCCAUGUCAUGGCUGACCUGUUUCGUCAGCGAGGGGAGAGAAUGCAGUGGUACAAAGAUGAACUCUUAGACAUGGCCACAGACUUAGGUCAUCGUUUGCUUCCUGCUUUCAACACCACAAGUGGUCUUCCCUACCCAAAGAUAAAUCUUCGGUAUGGAGUCCUCAACCCUCUUUCCCGCAUUGGCACUGAAACCGACACGUGCACGGCCUGCGCUGGAACCAUGAUUUUGGAGUUUGCUGCUCUGAGCCGAUUGUCUGGGGAAUCUGUUUUUGAGAAAUAUGCCCGAAAAGCUCUAGAUGUCCUUUGGGACAGGAGACAAAAAGAAAGUGAUUUAGUUGGAACUGUGAUCAAUAUUCAUAAUGGAGAAUGGAUCAGGAGGGACAGUGGAGUUGGUGCUGGCAUUGACUCCUACUAUGAAUAUCUGAUGAAGGCUUAUAUUCUACUUGGAGAUCCUGUUUUUCUUGAAAGGUUUAACAUUCAUUACACUGCAAUCAUGAAGUACAUCAGUCAACCUCCACUUUUGCUCAAUGUUCAUAUGCAUAAUCCAACUGUGAGUGUGCGUAGCUGGAUGGAUUCACUCUUGGCCUUUUUUCCUGGUCUUCAGGUUUUGCGGGGCGAUCUUAAACCAGCUAUUGAAACCCAUGAGAUGCUUUACCAAGUGACUAAGCAGCACAAGUUUCUUCCUGAGGCUUUCACUACAGAGUUCAGAGUUCACUGGGGUCAACACUUACUGAGACCAGAGUUUGCAGAGAGCACUUACUACCUCUUCAAGGCUACUGGCGAUCCCUACUACCUCAAAGUUGGACAGUCUAUUGUUGAAAAGCUCAAUGUCUAUGCCCGAGUGCCUUGUGGGUUUGCUGCCGUGCAGGAUGUUCGCACUGGAACACAUGAAGACAGGAUGGAUUCCUUCUUCUUAGCAGAGAUGUUUAAAUAUCUGUACUUGCUGUUUUCUGAGAAAAGCCAACUUCCCAUCAACAUAGAUGACUAUGUUUUCACCACAGAGGCUCACCUUCUUCCCGUAUCGCUCUCUACUAAGCUGCCCCCUUGUUAUGAUAAUAUAACAUAUACUGAGGUCUCCCAAGCCGAAGAUCUGUUCACACACUCCUGUCCAAGCCCUGAAACACUCUUCCCAAACAACCCUGCUUUUGCUAAAAGCAUUCGAGAUGGCUACAAGUAUCUCACUGGGGUUGGCCGGGCUUUUAAACCUCUUCCAUACAGAGAGAUUGAAUUACCACUGCACGACAACGGAAUGGAGUCCAUAGAAUUUUUUAAAAGUAUGGGUAUUUCCCUUAUGCCUCUGAAUGACGCUAUGGCUGGAAGUUCUAAGGAGCAGAAAGGGGUUUAUCAAAUUAAACUAGUUGCUGAAUUGAGUCAAACAACUGAAGAAGAGGUGGUUCCACAUAUUGUGCAGCUGAUAUCUCCACCCUAUUUGGGUCGCACAGUCCUAAUCGCUGGACCAGCAAAGUUUGGUCUGGACCUCACUAAACAGGAACAUGGGGUGAAAGGGAGUAUUGUGAAAGCAGUGCCAUACAUUGCCUGUGGCCCUCUGGAGAAUAGUCAAGACAUUAAAGGACACAUUGCACUGGCUUUAAGAGGCGACUGCAUGUUUGCUGCAAAAGCCCGCCAGCUUCAGAACGCUGGAGCCACUGGAGUCAUCUUUAUUGAUCACAGAGAGGGAAGCAACAACAAUGAUUCUCCACUGUUUCAAAUGGUGGGCGACGGAGGCUCAACUGCAGAGGUCACAAUACCCCUGGUGUUCUUAUUCAGCCGUGAAGGUCAAGUGCUUCUAGAUGCUUUGGACGAACAUCAUAACGUGGAUGUGUUGCUGUUACCCAAAGAGAGACAGUUGGGACAAGAUAAACUUCCGAAAACGUCCGGAAUGAACAUUGAAAUUCGUCUGUCGGAGGAAGCACAGUUGCAUGAGGCGUUCCAGCACACCCUGGAACUUGUGCUGGAGAAAACUGCUGCAGCUGUUCAAGAAGCUCUGGAUAUGGACCUGGACGGGGAGCGGCAAUCUCAGCUACAAAGUGCAGCCGAUAAUGGCCCUGGUGUUGAAUCAUUGACUCCGAUCACAGACAGUGACUCUGGAGCAGACGCAGAAGAACCCUAA